AUGUCCCCCGCCGCGGUGGUCCGGCGGUUGGCGCUGGCCGCGCUGCUGGUGCUGAGCUCGGCGGGGGCAGCCCGGCAGGCGCGGAGGCCCAACGUGGUGCUCAUCCUCACCGACGACCAGGACGUCUGCCUAGGCGGCAUGACCCCCCUAAAGAAGACUAAUGCUCUCAUUGCACAGAUGGGAAUAACCUUCCUAAAUGCAUACGUUCCCAGUGCCCUUUGCUGUCCCAGUCGAGCUAGCAUUUUAACAGGGAAAUAUCCACAUAAUCAUCAUGUUGUCAAUAACACUCUGGAAGGAAACUGUAGCAGCAAGUUAUGGCAGAAGAUUCAAGAACCAUACACCUUCCCAGCACUGCUCAAAAAUAUGUGUGGUUAUCAAACAUUCUUUGCUGGAAAGUAUUUGAAUGAGUACGGAGCGGAGGAUGCAGGGGGAGUAGGUCAUGUCCCUCCUGGAUGGAGUUUUUGGUAUGCUUUGGAGAAAAAUUCAAAGUACUACAACUAUACUCUUUCAGUAAAUGGCAAAGCUCGAAGGCAUGGUGAGAACUACAGUGUAGAUUAUCUGACGGAUGUACUGGCCAACAUGUCACUGGACUUCUUGGAGUAUAAAUCUAAUUUUGAACCUUUCUUUAUGAUGAUCUCAACCCCAGCACCACACUCCCCUUGGACAGCUGCUCCACAGUAUACAAAGAGCUUUCAGAAUGUCAGUGCACCAAGAAACAGCAAUUUUAAUAUUCAUGGAAAGAACAAGCACUGGUUAAUUCGACAAGCAAAGACUCCAAUGACUAACUCUUCAAUAAAGUUUCUUGAUGAUGCUUAUAGAAAGCGGUGGCAAACUCUGCUGUCAGUAGAUGACCUGAUAGAGAAACUAGUGAAGAAACUGGAAUUGAAUGGAGAAUUAGACAACACAUACAUCUUUUACACAUCAGAUAAUGGCUUCCACACUGGCCAGUUUUCUUUGCCAAUAGACAAACGGCAGCUGUAUGAGUUUGAUAUCAAAGUUCCGUUGCUAGUUCGAGGACCAGGGAUAAAACCAAAUCAGACAAACAAGAUGCUUGUUGCAAAUAUUGAUUUGGGUCCCACUAUUCUGGAUAUCGCAGGGUAUGACUUGAAUAAGACCCAGAUGGAUGGGAUGUCACUAUUGCCACUGUUGAGAGGAGACAAAAAUGUGACAUGGAGAUCAGACUUCUUGGUAGAGUACCAAGGAGAAGGAUACAACGGCAGUGAUCCUACCUGUCCUGGCCUAGGACCUGGAGUCACACACUGCUUCCCAGACUGUGUCUGUGAAGAUUCCUAUAACAACACAUAUGCUUGUGUAAGGACACUGUCAACUUCCUGGGAUCUGCAGUACUGUGAAUUUGAUGACCGGGAGGUGUUUGUGGAAGUGUAUAAUUUGACUGCAGAUCCACACCAGAUCAAUAACAUUGCUAAAACAAUUGAUCAAGAAAUUCUAGAAAAGAUGAACUAUCGAUUAAUGAUGCUGCAGUCCUGUUCAGGAGCAACUUGCCGUACACCAGGUGUCUUCGAUCCCGGGUACAGGUUUGACCCACGGCUUAUGUUCAGCAAUCACGGUGUUCGGGCUCGGAGGUUUUCUGCACAGUCCCUAUAAGGCAUGUAAGAGCCUCUUGCAAUCAGCUCCCACUGACCAGUUUCUCCAGUGACUGCAGCAGGUCUGUCUGUGUAACUCUCGCCGAUCACAGCUGGAAGACUUUUAAUGGGCUAUUCAAACCCUGUGUGGAAGAAAAACCCUUGUCUUUAGCUGGUUGCCUUGUGCAAUAUGUAUAUUUUUACAGCUGAACUGUAACUCUAAAUCAUUAGACACAGCUAAUCUGUCUUGCUCAGAUAGUUGAUUACCACCUUUGUCUUUCAAGUACCUUUUCAUAUCACAGGCACAGAGGUGAACCUAUGCCUAUGAAUCUGAACAGUUUAUUUUGUUUGAAAAAUCAAUAAAUGCGUAUUUGAGUUGGAUUAGAUAGGCAGGUGCUAUUGCACAGUAAUGCUCACCCAUACUCAGUGUCACAGACUUUCUUAAAAGCUAUGUUUAACUAUAGGUUUCCUGUAUCAAGCUCAAAGCUGUUAAUGACAAAAGCAAACUAGACCCAAAUAGCUUAGGAAGGCAUUAGUCAAAACUGUAAGAUCUGACUAGAAAGUGUCUUGUGCAGGAUUAAAAUCCGCAUGCUAAAUAUUCUCUUUUCAAUGAGACCACUUCAAAUGAGACCAAUGAAUUUUGUAGGACAGCUUUGGUAGCUUGCAAACAAGAAUGUAAUUUCAACCUCCUUCUAGUUUGAAAUGCUGGAAUGGGUUACUAUGUACUACUGAAAAAAUUCUUAGGGUUUAGUAUAGGCUUCCUAGUGACUUAAGCAAAAGAGUAUUGAGACUAACAAGUAUUCAAAUAAGUGUGCCUGUGUUUUGAGCUAACUCCUAAGUCUGUUUUAAUACAGGAACGGAAGUAAUACUAAAAAAAAAAUCCACAAAAAACCCCCAAACACCAGGGCAACACAGUAGAGGAUCUGUCUCUAACCUCCAAAUGUUUUGAAUUGUCUAACAUCUUAAGUUGAUUAGAUUCUUGAAGGUAAAUUAUUUUGAGGACAAGCUAGCUAAAAAUAAAUAAAUCAUUGCUCACUAGAAGUUAGGCUAAGAGGGCUAUUUAGGCAGUUUAAGUGCUUCAUGGAGUGUUGCUUUUUGGUUGAGACAUAACUACUCAGAACCUGCAGUAAGUGGCCUUCACACCAAAGGACUGACAUCAGAUACCUGACUGUGGUACAUUAUCACUUGGUUUCCCUUUGGAAGGGUGAUGUUGUCUUCAACCUUCUGAUAAGGCUUAUCUGAAAUGCAGCCAUCACUUGCACUCAAACUUGAGUGUCUUCCUAAAUCUUGAAAAACACCCAAACUUGUGUUAGCAUAUAACUUCUGUAUAGACUGAUUGGCAAAACACCUUCUAGAAACACUGAAUUGUGUAUCUUCUGCAAGACAAGUUCAUGUUGCUUGUGGGCAAAUCAACUGUGUUAUCAGGCAAGAUAACCUAUCCCUUGUCAAACAAACUGUGGCACAACUUUUUUUUUAGUUAGUUUUUUAACUAACUUUUAGUUAGUUAUUUCAGAUCUUUCACCCAAAUAGAGAACAUGAUGAUUUCCACUUCUGUCACAAUAAAACCUUCUACUAUGUAAUCAUUAAGUAGGCAACAAAGCAUGACUCUUUCAGAACUGUGAAGGUGCAUAUCCUGGUGCACAGAUCCACAAACUGGAUACAAGCAAUGCUACGGUAAGAUAAGUUGAGCUUUCUUUGCUUUUAAUUCUGAAGCACAGAAGUUGUGCUUCAUGUAGCUUAGAGUUGCAGACUUCUGUGAUGGUUAAGAGAAAGUUAGAUUACAGGUUAGAUUUUUGUAGAGCUUUUGUCUCCAAUCUAACUCAGUGUUUCAGAUCUCUAGAGUGACCAAAUAUUUGGAGACAAAAAAUGGCUUGAAAGGUAACUUCUCAGCUGGAGCAUCUGUAUAAAUGCAGAGGUUUUUGGAUACUCAAACUACUUACAUGCUUUCAAAUACUCAGGACUUUUUUUUUUCCUUUCACUACAGCUUUAGCUUUAUCCUGUUCGUUGUUUCUUAAGCCUUAGUAUUGCCCAUCAGUAUCCUUCAGACUCUCUUCUGUCUAAAAACAAAACCAAAGUUGUUUUCAUGCUCUUAAGCAUUUUCUUGGACACUGAGCUAAAUCUAAAGUUCAUCUAGGUAGUGUUUUGCUCAGAUAAUUCUAGCAGCUUAGACUUGUUCUUUGUUUAAACUUCAUUUUGUUAGCUGUAUGGAGGCUAGAGUGAAAUACAUUGAUUGUUGCAUAUUAAACCCUCAAAAGUUCUAUCAAAUCUAGAUCAUACGUCAAGUUUCUACUUGAGUUAAGUUUCAGUGCAAGUAAUGUGCAUUAUGUUGCUUCUUAAUAGAAAAAAAACUUCAUUAUGGGUACAGAUGUGUAACUCUAACUUUUCUUAAAGUGAUCUUAAGCCGUAACAAGGAGAUUUUCUUUUGAAUUAUUUACUUUUUGCCUAAUAACUAACAUGAGAGUUGACAGAACUGAUACAGAUUAUUCAUAUGUGCAACCAGGUGUUUUACCCAAAUUAACACUCUUGCUACCUGCACACACCUAUAAAGCAUUUUGUCUGUAACUAGGCUCAGUAAGGUACAUGCUCACUGCCAGAGAACCACACUAUAACUGAAAUCUGUCAUAGGUAGUAAAUGUUGCAUUAAAUUGAAGUUCAGAAUUAAAUUAGUCACUCCUUAUUUAACCAGAAUAGCAGUUCAGGAAAACACCUGCUUCACUCCCACUUUUGAUAAAGACUUAAGAACUGUUCAGCAAAAGCGUGUGGUUGAAGGAAGAACAGGAACCAACAGCUGCCUGCCUUCCACUGCUUGUCAAGGAGUUUGUUGUCACUUGUCUGGUGCCUAUUUCCACAAAGCAGUUAAUUCUGAGUAUUUUUACAGCCUUGAAUGAACAGUGUUAAUUUUUAUCCUUGAUGAUUAAAGAAACACUAUGAAGGAACUUUGACUUUUAUCCAGAUUGAAUUCCCAACUAAGUGAUUUUAAAACUAAAUGGUGGUCUUGGAUAUUCCAUUUCAUAUGCUAUUUGACCAUAGCUGUAUCCGUACCUUGUUACUGAAGGCAUUUGUGUUAAAUAAAAGGGCCUCACUGGUACAGAGUUGGGUUUAGGUAAAAUGUGACUUUUUUUUAAAUUUUUUUUUUUGAAUUGUUAUUACCAAAAGCAGAGCUGUGAAUUUUAAUGAUCUGAUCUGGUAAAGUAAAUACUUUCCAGAGAGAAAUACAGUUAAUAACUUUAUUACAUUAUCCUAAACCAAAAACAUUCAGUAUCACCACUUCAGCAUAAGUGAAUACAGGUAGUACAUGCUUACCUAGCACAGGCCCAGUAAAUUGGGCUUCUUCAUUUUGAGGAAUAAAGCUGUAACAGGGACACACACAUGCAAAACACACACCCAAAGCAGGUAUAAUACCUUUUCAAUCAAUUUCUAAAUACAGUAUUUUGUCAUAAUGAAACAGCCGUCAUUUAUUGUAAUUCAAUUAAAAUUAAUUUUAUUUGUAUUUCUCUCUCUCUCUGUAUGUGAGCAUACUUUGCUGUAGCAUGUUGUGAGCAUACUUCUGCUGUUUUAAACAUCUGUUUAGAAAGUGCCCUUCCAGAGGAUCCUGUUCACUGCCGCACUUUUGGGGAAAGAAAAAAUAAACUGCCUAUCAAACUUCA